AUGGCUGCUGUUAUUGGAAAUCCUAAACUUCCUCCAUCGGUGAUGGAUAGAUGGCUGUGGGGACCAAUGCCCUCAGCAGAAGAAGAAGCCUACAUGGUAUCUGAAUUGUUGGGUUGUCAGCCUCUUGUUGGCUCUUCAGCCACAAAGACAAAGUGAUGAGCGCACUCACACAAGCUGAAUGUGUCCACUUUGCCACCCACAUCUCAUGGAAACUUGCAGCUUUAAUACUAACUCCAAACAGCGAGAACAACUCUGGAACAAAUAAAAGCACCUUUGGAAAUACCUACACCAUUCCUGAGUCUUUACAGAUGCAGGAUGAUGCCAGUGAUGUUGAAAGCAUAUCAGACUGUCCACCCCUUCAGGAAUUCCUCCUGACAGCGGCAGAUGUCCUGGAUCUCAGGCUUCCUGUAAAACUAGUGGUUCUUGGAUCUUAUCAGGAAUCCAGCAACAAAGUUACAGCAGAUGGAGCUAUUGGCUUGACGCGGGCCUUCUUGGCUGCCGGAGCUCAGUGUGUCCUUAUAUCUCUAUGGCCUGUGCCUGUUGCUGCCUCAAAAAUGUUUGUCCAUGCCUUUUAUUCGGCACUCCUGAAUGGAAUGAAAGCAAGUGCAUCCCUGUCUGAGGCAAUGAAAACAGUACAGAGCAGUAAGCAAUACUCACAUCCAUCAAACUGGGCAGGAUACAUGCUUAUUGGAAGUGAUGUAAAGCUGAACAGUCCAUCAUCACUGAUCGGUCAAGCCUUAUCUGAGAUCCUCCAGAACCCUGACCGUGCAAGAGAUGCUCUUAGAGUUUUGUUGCAUCUGGUGGAGAAAUCUUUGCAGAGGAUUCAGAAUGGACAACGGAACUCAAUGUACACUUCCCAGCAGAGUGUGGAAAAUAAAGUAGGUGGAGUACAAGGCUGGCAGUCACUGCUGACAGCUGUAGGGUUUCGCCUUGACCCACCAGCAAGUGGUCUCCCUGCCGCAGUUUUUUUCCCCACAUCUGACCCCGGUGAUCGUCUACAACAGUGUAGUACAACCAUACAGUCCCUCUUGGGUUUGCCUCAUGCAGCACUUCAGGCUCUUUGUAAACUCAUCACCGCUUCCGAAACUGGAGAACAGCUGAUUAAUCGGGCUGUUAAAAAUAUGGUUGGAGUGCUCCAUCAGGUCCUGGUUCAGUUGCAGACAGACAAGGAACAUGACUUUUCUACAGUCCCAAUCCAGGUGUCCAUCAGUGUUCAGCUUUGGAGAUUACCUGGAUGCCAUGAGUUUUUAGCAGCACUAGGUUUUGAUUUGUGUGAGGUGGGCCAGGAAGAAGUCAUUCUGAAAACUGGCAAACAAGCCAACAAAAGAACAAUGCAAUUUGCUCUGCAAUCACUCUUGGCUCUUUUUGAUUCUACUGAGCUUCCAAAACGCCUUAGUCUUGACAGCUCUUCGUCACUUGAAUCACUGGCAUCUGCACAGUCUGUGUCUAACCCAAUGUCACUAGGGUAUCCUGGCCAUCCAUUCUCUCCAUCCUGUCCAGAUAGUUUGGCUUCAGAUGCUAUCUCAGUAUACAGUCUAAGUUCCAUUGCUUCGUCGAUGAGUUUUGUCUCUAAACCAGAUUGCUUACCUGAAGGAGAACACAAACUACGUCAAGACCUUGACAGACCAAAAAAUAUUUAUUCUCUCAGGACCUCAGCUAGAGGCCAGUCUUCCCCACAAAGCCAGAUGUCAUUAGGCAAAGAAGAACAGGAAGAGUAUGAGGGAUUUUCCAUAAUAAGCAAUGAACCUCUUUUGUCAUACACAGAAAGCCUUGAUCCAAAUCUUAGACAAGGCAUCAUUCAGGAAACAAUACAAGUUUCUGUAAACCCAAAGGGCAGUAUAAGCACACCUAACUCACCCGUUAAACUAGCUCUGAUUCCAAGUCCAAACUCACCAUUCCAAAAAGUUGGAAAACUUGCAAGCUCUGAUACUGGGGAAUCAGAUCAGUCCAGUACAGAAACAGACAGUACAGUUAAAUCUCAAGAAGAAAACAAUCCUAAACUCAAUCCUGAAGAGCUGGCUCAAAAGAUUUUAGAAGAGACUCAAAGCCAUUUGAUUGCUGUUGAACGUCUUCAAAGAAGUGGAAGUUUGAACAAAACAAGUCAUUCACCUGAUGGUGCUACAACACCAAAUGGCAGUUCUUUGUUCAGGUCUUCAGAAACAAGCGCUUUUAGUAGACCUGUCCAGAAAGGGAUGCCGUCUCCAGUUACUGUGAAACCAAAGCCUCCAACUAGAAGUUCCUCUCUUCAGAAGGUGAGCUCAGGGUAUAACAGCCCAGCAAACUCUGAAACCUCUCUAAAAGAAGCAGCAAGUCUCCACAGUAACCAGCCUUCCCCAAGUUCAGAUUCUCCCCAUUUCAAAUUGAAAUAUCCUAGCUCCCCGUACAGUUCCCAUAUUUCAAGAUCUCCUCGAAAUAUAUCCCCAAGCUCAGGUCAUCAAUCUCCUGCAGGAAGUACCUCAUCUCCAGCGCUUUCAUACUCCUCUGCUGGUUCUGCCCGAUCAAGUCCCGCUGAUGCUCCAGAUUUGGAUAAAUUAAAACUUGCUGCAAUUGAUGAAAAGGUGAAGGCUAUUCACAAUCUGAAGAUGUUCUGGACAAGUAGCUCCCAGCAUACAUCAGGUCCAAUCAAAAUACUGCGUGGAACUCCAGGAACAAUGACUUCAAAGAAAGACGUUCUUAGCUUGUUAAAUCUUUCUCCACGACAUAACAAAAAAGAAGAGGCUGUAGAUAAUCUUGAACUUAAGGAACUAUCUGCUCAGAAAAAGCAGGUUGAUGCUACACAGCCAAAUCCACCAAAUGGACACAAACACUCAGAAAACAUUAAUGUAGCAAAUAUAACUCAAUCUACCCCGUCUAUUAACAUGCCUGCUUCUCUACGCAGCUUAAAACUGUCCUCUGGAAAUGGGUACAAGUUCCUUUCACCAGGGAGAUUUUUUCCUUCUUCAAAAUGUUGA